AAUGGAGGAACGAGAGAACGUCUUUUCUCAGUGUUUUUCCCAGUCACAGAUGACCUUACCCAUUACGCCACCAGGUCUCGAGUCGAUUUAUUCAGCAUGCCGUCGUCUUUACCCAGACCAACCAAAUCCUCUUCAAGUGACAGCUUUAGUUAAAUACUGGCUUGGAGGGCCAGACCCCCUGGAUUACAUCAGCAUGUAUGCUAACCCUGGGGAUACUGACAGGGGCAUUCCUCCACACUGGCAUUACAUCAGCUUUGGUCUAUCAGAUCUUCAUGGAGAUGGACGAGUGCAUGACCCCCACUACAGAGGCUCGUCCGGUAACGAAGGACCAAGUGGGUUUGGGUUUGAGCUAACCUUCCGGCUCCGACGAGAACCCAAUGAGUCCAACCCUCCCACCUGGCCUGCAGCUCUGAUGCAAGCUCUUUCACGCUAUGUUUUUCAGUCUGAUAACACCUUAUGUAGUGGUGACCAUGUGUCGUGGCACGCCCCUUUGGAUGGCAGUGAGUCUCGUGUACAGCACAUGCUUAUGACAGAGGAUGCUCAGCUACAACCAGUCCUCUCUCCAUUUGGAACUGUCACUUUUGUACAGAUAGUAGGGGUGUGUGAGGAAGAACUGAAGGCAGCACAGCACUGGAAUGGACCCGGGGUCAUAGAGUUACUGCGCUCCACACCUGUUGCUGGUGGGCCCUGGUUGAUAACAGACAUGAGACGAGGCGAGACAAUAUUUGAGACAGAUCCAUCAUUACAGGAACGUGUAGACAGUGGAAUCGAGCAGGAAGGUUCUAACCUGAGCGGAGUGAGCAGUAGAUGUUCCUGGGAAGAGACUGGAGACUCUGACAAUCUGCACCCAGGCCUCCACGAGGAGGACAAGGAAAACAAGUUCAUUGACGGAGAUCGCAGAGGCAGCAAUGAAGUGGAAAGACCACUGAUAUCAGAAUACGAGUCUGAACAGAUUAAAGCUGCUCUUAAGAAAGGAUUAAAAAGUACAAAACCUCUCCCCCCUGUCAAGUCUGAAAGGAAAGACAGCUCUGACUCCUGUACCAUAGACCACAAUCAGAACACAUCAAGGAAAGAGUCAUUUGACAGUACAAUAUCUUCUGAGGGCCCAUCUGAGCUGAUGAGAACUCGCACAUUGGACACAGUUCAUUUGAAAUUCAACCUGGAGGCAGCCUCACUUCUUCCUUUAGCUCUCAAAGGCAGAUUGAAACAUGGCCGACACUUUACAUUUAAGAGUGUGUUGAAUGAUGUAGCAAUAACUCUGGUGUCCACUAGUGUGGUAGGCUCCAUAGCUGAUGAACACCACCCCUAUGCAGCACAUGGACCUUGGCUACAGGUGCUGCUGACGGAUGAUUUCCUGGAGGAGAUGAUGAUGGAGUUAGAUGAGCUGGCCAGUGUGGAUGAGAUAACCAGCCCCAAGAUGUACAGUUGGCCAUCCAAAAAACUUACAAUAACUGUCCUUCCUGAUGAGUUGUAACAUUGAGGGAUUAUCUAAUGUGAGGACCUCAUCUUCCACUGACCGUCCUGCUGUGGCCUGGCUCACCACUCUCAUCAGUCUCCAGGCGCUAUUAAAGUGUUAUAACAUGUAUCAGGUAUUGCAAAAACCAGACAAUGUACGACACACAGAGUUUGUGUCAACAUUUACUUGUGUCUUACCCAUAGCUUUAUCAUUGCACAGUUUUAGACUUGUUGCUUCCAGAGGAGGGUUUUUUUUUUUUUUGACAUUUGGUGUUGAAUCUAUCCGUGAAAAAGAAUUACAGUUGUAGUUUAUCUGUUAUUGUGUCUGUACCUUGAGCGUUUCAGAUGAUGUGAUUUGAAGUCUGAUGGAAGCAAUGAAGGAACAUAGCUUUAAACGUGGCAGUGACAUUAACAUGUGUUAGUUGUACAAGGUACAUUCUCAUUCCAGACGGGCUAGUGAGAUUGCACUAGAUUAUGCGCCACAAAAUUUUCCUACUUCCAAUUUCAUCUGCCAACUCUCUUAUCUGACCUGAUAUGACACACACCACACCAAACAUAAGCCAAGGGCUAAAUCACUGUUUACUUUGGAAAAAAAAAAAUUGGCUGAUGGCUUUUGUUAACAUUUCAUUUUAAGUGCAAACGGGCCUGGAAGUAGAUGGGUAGCAUGAGAACAAAAUUGCUCAAUCUUUGAAUGGUGAAUAAUAUUGUGUAAUUUCUGGAGUACUGAUCUGAUUCAUUAAAAAGGCUAUACCACAGACUUUUUUUGCCCCCCAAAAAAUCAAUCAGCACCAAUGAAGCUUUUCAUAUUAUUUUAGAAUAGCCCAAAUAAUUACCUUUCACAAAAGAUCAGCGUCGUUUGUGCUCGUGUUACUGUUUAAAAUUGGUGAUAAAAUUCCCAAAAGCCAGUCACAUUAUAACUUUUCAAACUUAAGAAUCAUACAGAAAAUUUGAUUUAUUUAGUGAAUAUUAAGGAUUUUUUCGCCAAACAUCUCCAGUUCAGCCUCUGUAAGUGGUCAGCAAAAUUCAGUACAGCAUUAAGGAAACAAGGCUGAAAGGACUUUUACAUGCUAUUAGAAUGCACUGUUUCAUGCUAUUAGAAUGCACU